UUAAAAGAUCAUCUUUUAUUAAAAACAAGGAAAAUGAAAUGGACAAAUGCUUUACUAACAACACAAGUGACAGCUAGUAUCAAGUGGGAAGUUUUCAAAACCUACAUAAGAGGAAAGAUAAUUAGUUUUACCUCUUCUAAAUCAAGAGAGCUUCGUAAGAAAAGGGAGCAGCUGGAAUAACCACGACUGCAGAUGGAAAUGAGCAGAACGCUGUAAUCUGGUACAGCAACGUCUGACUCACCAAGAACAUUUUAUGACCAGGAGGAGAAAUCCAGCCGGUUCUGGUUCGGCAGAUUUAACAGCUUGAUCUGAUGGUCUUACAGUCAUAGAACCUGCCUAAUAAAGAUCAGAUAUAGGAAAUUCUAUGAGACUCUGUAGAAUUCAGACCUGGUCCAUGGCCCCAAGACAAGUUUCUAAACCAGCAACCAUCCCAGGAAGAGAUCAGGAUGGUGAUCGGCAGCAUGAAAAGUGGGAGUUAGGACCAGAUGGGCUUCCAGCUGACCUGUAUGAGGAAUUUAAUAGGAAGCUGUUGAAGCCAUUAUUGGAAAUGUUUCUGGGGUCAUUCCAAAGCAAGAGCCUUCCCAAAUCAACAGCAGAAGCAUUAAUUAUCCUGCUGCCACAAGCAGGAAAACCAAGCAAUGGAUGUGAAACCAUGAGGCCACCUCAUCCCAGCUGCACCAUGAACACCAAGUCAUCUCUGUCUCUGCUCCAGCUCUCCAGGGUGGGCUUCAGCCUUUGUGCCUGUAACUCUGCUCCCCGGGCCUGGAGCCUAGUGGCAACCGCUUCCACCCUCCUUCCAGACACCUCAGCCUGCAGGCGCUCAUUAUCUAGCCAUGUGAAAGUGCGCUCUUAUCUUCAGUACCUGAAACGCAAGGUCAUACCCCCUCCCAGUCCUCCGUACAGCCACGUCUGCCAGGUGGGGGAUCCUGUCCUGCGUUCGCGUGCAGCUGCUGUUGACCCUGCAGCCAUACCAGGCCCCGAGAUCCAGCAGCUCAUCAGCACCAUGGUGAAAGUCAUGCGGAAGCUCGAGUGUGUGGGGCUGAGUGCACCUCAGGUUGGGGUGCCACUUCGCAUACUGGCCAUGGAGUAUCCAGAGAAGAUGUUGGAGGAGAGUUCCCCAGCAUCAAGGGAGGUCCGUGGUCUCUCCGUCCAGCCUUUGAGGAUCUUUGUGAACCCCCAGCUGAGGGUCCUGGAUGGUCGGACGGUGCUCUUUCAGGAGGCAUGUGAGAGCAUCUCGGGCUUCUCUGCCACGGUUCCUCGCUACCUGUCUGUGGAAGUCUCUGGUCUGAAUGAAAAAGGUGAAGCCGUCAGGUGGCAGGCUACCGGCUGGUCGGCACGGAUCCUCCAGCACGAGAUGGACCACCUGGACGGGGUCCUCUAUAUUGACCACAUGGACAGCAAGACCUUCAUUAACGUCAACUGGCAGGAACACAAUGAGUAGAAGGCACUGAAGGCCAACCCUACAUGUAAAAUAAAUCCAUGAGGACAUUAAACCUUUUAUAAGUAUUAACUAAACCUCUGAUGUGAGAAAGUUAGUUUGUGGUUGGAGGAAGAGUCCAGCUCCCUGCAGCGGAGGUGCUUUGGUAAAAGAGAAAAGAGUGAUUUCAGUGUUUCAUUUCAACGAGGAAGCCAAGAUGGACGAGUUCUGUGGGCCUCAGCUCCAUGUUUCAUGAAUAAAGAGGCUGGUUUGUGAUGGUGAACUGGGGCGUGACCACGGGAAAUAAACCUGUGGCUCUAUCAGCUUCAUGAACUUCAGCCAUGUUUCCUUUAUGUCUACUGAUCUGUAUUAAUA